AUGCUCUGGGCUGAAACGCUGAUCCUGUUAGCAACGGUCUGCCUGCUUUCGACAGGGACUCAGCUGGCCGGGGGCAAACAGCCGUUAACCAGUGAAGAUUUUACAUCUGAUCAGUUUGGUGAGCUCGUGAAGCAAGCCAAUCAUCAGUGUAAUUUGGCCGGAAAUCAGGAGGAGUGGUACAUACAAGAAGCUAUUCUUGGGGGAACGAAGCAAAUUGUAUCAGGCGUCAGCUACGAGUUCCAUCUUCGCCAACGCAAAACCGGAUGCGCGCGUGAGGAAAUGUUGAAGCGCAAUCCCAAUGAAAGUACCCCUCUGUGUGUUGCUCAGGAAAACGCGACAGUGAUAGUGUGCUCCGUCAAAUUGUGGCAUCAAUCGUGGAUCAAUUCUACGGAGAUCACGGUCCGUGAUAUCUGGUUUGUCGACGCUGGCGAUGGAGGCAUCAGUGAAACAGUGCGUCUUGUGAAUGAAACGAAUUGGGAACUAGAGAGAGCCUUAAUACAGGAUGCCGUGAGGAUCUUCAACACCCUUGACGAUAAACCGCACAUAUACAAACUUUCUGGUGCAACGGAAAAGACUCGGAAGCACAAGGGUGAAGAAACCAAAAUACUGGAGGCAACGUUAAAGGAGACAGCAUGCCCAAAUGUAAAGGAUCAAUUAGAAAGCCUCAAGAAACACAGUUGCUACAACAACGAGACCAAAGUAUUAGCAGACAACGAUACAAAAUACCGAAAGACUUUGACACAUAUGUACAACAACGAGACCAAAAAUGAAGUCAGGUGCACACUCCCCAUCAACAAAGAAACUUUAAAGAAUACCCGAUUUCUGGAAUGCGAAGGGCUCAUGCCAGUGUUUCGUGGGAUGUGGCGUGCAAGUCUACACAACUCGCGUAAAGUAGCACCAGGCUGUUUGGAUCUAAACGGAACGUCUGACCUAUCUGAUGGACGAACGGAACAGUGCCAGGUCACUGUAACCACCGCUCCGUCAGACGAUGGAGCGAAUGAAACCGUCGCGUUUGAUCACUGCAAGAGCGUUGCCAGAUUUAUGGGGUACCUGCUUGGAGGAAAACAACAUGUCAAAACUGGGACAUUAUCACACAAGACAGCACUGGCCAUUGCGGAGCAGGCAGUUUGGCGGUACAAUUCACAAGGUAACGACCUGCGCGAAUAUCGGUUAGAAACCGUCCAGAAUAUGGCUUCUAAGGUUGUCUCAGGAUACCGAUACAUGAUGAAUAUAACAAUGAAGGCCGUUUCCUGCAAGAACACAAAUGAUUCUACCUGUUUGGAUCCAUCGAAAAUGGAUUAUCUACACUGUGCCGUUUCCGCACACAAGAAACCGGCAGCUCAUGAGCACGAAAUCAAUAUCACAAAUUGUUGGCGGCAUGUGAUUUCAACGCUGGCAACAACUUGGACUUACUCUUAUCUUUCACCUGAAGAACUGCUACAAUUACAAGGCGGCGAUGCGCUCAAAACUGUCAUGGAAACGUACAACGUACUCAACAAACAUAUGGAAGAAUCAGAAAUCGACUACCUAUCUGAUGGCUUGAAGAUUACUGAUGGUGGAACUGAACUUGUCUCUUUCAAACUGCAUGUGAAAGGCAAUGAAAAGAAGCAGACGAAGUACAAAUGUGACGUGAUUCUGAUAAGACAGAAAGACCAACCGGAGAGGCGAAGACUUGGCAAGUGCAUUGAAAAACCUCCGACUGCUUCUAAAGUAGCUCCAUUGGGUGGACCUAGAGAAAUCUCAGCUGAACAGCAACGUAGGCCUGAAUUUCGAAUAAAAAUAAAGAACGCUGUUCGGAGGUUUAACAACAUGGCAAACGACAUGCACUAUCAUCGACUCCUCCGCGUUGAAAGUCCAGUCACCCAGCACGCAACUGUAUGUUCAGUCAAAGUGUGGAGCAAACCAUGGGAGAAUUUCACCCAGAUUGACAUUCGGGAUUGUCAAUUAUCAGCCAUGGAGUCUCCUAUACUGGUUCAGUCCAUCUCGGAUGACGUUCAAGCAACUGACGAAUUCAAAGAGCUGGUCUCCCAUGUGACUCUCAUGUUCAACUUGGAUUCUAGUGAAAAGAUGCUCUAUCGAAGUCACCUGAUUGAUGGUAUCAUACGAGACGUAAGCCGGAUCCCAUUGCUUCCCCUUUCUAUAACGCAUUUUCUUCAGGCUGAAAAACCGGAUCAAAUCGUAUUCAAUCUAACCAUGAGUCCUACAAAUUGCGAAAAGUGGGAUAAUGUAAUUCCUUUCACGGCCGGUCGAUAUGCUCAUUGUACUGGAACACGGAAUCCUCGGAACUUUGCCAGGUGCAGAGUAAAAGUAGUGGAAUUUGACAAGGGUGCAACAGUGCAGUUGAGCAACUGCGAAUACGUGUACUUUGGAGAACACCGUCUACGUCGCCCACUACAUGGAUGGGAACAAGCGACUGCUCUUUUCCAGGAAGUAGUUGGCAGAGCCGUCAAUGCUUUCAAUACACGGGUUGACAGUCGGUAUUGGUACAAACUAUUCGCCAUUGAGGAUCCCACCACUGAGGUGAGCGUACACCCAAUUUAUCCGAUUGUCCUGUUACUUUCCAGCACAUUUCUGGGCCGCAGUAUACAUUUACUCUGUAUAUGCUUCGCGAAGCAUGUCGAAACACCCGAUCCGUUAACGGUUCAAAUCAAGAUGGAUUGCAGGAACUCUGUGAAGAAAGCAAGCCACAACGAAUAUACACUCAUCUGCAAACUAAUUUGGUUCGUUCAGUUGCCUGAGAACAUCAUAAACGAGAGAUUCAGCUGGAUUCCAAAUGAGUGUAUAUUCGCUAAUGGAGAAGAGCUUGUUUUGAUGAAGCUGUAUUUUCCAGCGUUGGAAGAUGACGCUUCGGAAUUAUCUAGCCACUUCUGUCUGGACAGAAUACAUCAGGGUUCACGGUACAUGGUCUCCUGUCAUGUCCGAUAUUGGCAGCGUUUGUGGGUUACUUUCCACGAAACGAUUGACGUCAGUGACUGUGAGCUUAUACCUAUCACACAAAAGACCUCGUCCAACGAGCACCAAACUACUAUGGUUGAUAGAAAGCAAUCACAAGAAUCAAACCUGCAGUGUAUCUCCUCACAGGACAAGCGUUGGUUGAAACUGUUUGCCGACCAAGUGAAUCUUGGAAAACCCUAUUGGAAGGUUGCAAUAGAAGAGAUUGAGGAAUCGCCAGUGCCUGGAAAACGACUCACCUUUGAAGUGUAUUUCAAAUCGGAAUCAACAGGAGAGGAUUGUUCUGAAAGCAACGAAGAAGCUUGUUCUAACGACAUGAUAGUUUUACUUCUACUAAAUCCUCCACAGCACUUCUACGUUUGCAAAGGAAGCUACUGGUGGAAAAAUUGGAAGAAUGAAGAGACGUUUGAAAUAUCGCAGUGCAAAAAUGUCACGAGGUUCAAAGCACAGACCACAACGACUAAAGGUGCUUCGGCGCACGGCGAUAUGGAACUGAAAGAAAUGGUCUCCAAAGCUGUAGAACUUUACAACGAGAAAUUGGCGGACUUUUAUAUUUUUGGUGAAGAUAGCGUUCAGAAUGUUUUGCUCGAAACGGAAGUGGGCAAAAAGACAAUGUUUGACUUGAAAAUGAAGCCGAUUUCGUGCAAACCUACGUCUGGUCGUCGAAAGUGUGAACCAAAACUGUCACAAAAUCGAGUCCAGUGUUCGGUUACCGUGUGGCAACGUCCCUGGUUGGGAGAAAAUGAACGCAUUUGGCUGCACAAUUGCCAUGAUUCUUACUCUUAUCCCUCAAGCGCAGGGGUGCACCAAAUCAGUGAUGAGGAGGAAAAUAGCAAUGCCUUCAAGGAUGCGGUAAAACGGCUUGGAGAAAUGUAUACCACUGAUGAGCCCAUUAUCUACUCAGUUAAGCACGAAAAUGCCACUGCACAACAAAAUGCAACGCAGCGACUCAUCAGACUCGUACUGAUUCUGGAACCAGUUGGUUGUGACUAUACAAAACCGAAUUCCAACUCGCCCGCCUGCAGGGACUGGAGGAAUCAAGAUAAAGUAAAAUGUUUGGCGGAAAUCGUCCAAGAAUUAAGUGGAAUUUCUCACAGAGUGCUGAGACUAACUGGAUGCAGCCCGAUCAUGGAGCCGAUUCCGGAACGUCUCUUGAAACCAUCAGAAUAUGAAACAGUCAGUUUCAAGCGAACGCUUAGAAAGGCUUGGGAACUCUUCCAUCAACUAAUGCGUCAAUCAGGUCAACUGUUUAACGUAGUUGAUGUAAAGGAUGGUACUAUCGAGAAUCGAGUCCAGUGUUCGGUUACCGUGUGGCAACGUCCCUGGUUGGGAGAAAAUGAACGCAUUUGGCUGCACAAUUGCCAUGAUUCUUACUCUUAUCCCUCAAGCGCAGGGGUGCACCAAAUCAGUGAUGAGGAGGAAAAUAGCAAUGCCUUCAAGGAUGCGGUAAAACGGCUUGGAGAAAUGUAUACCACUGAUGAGCCCAUUAUCUACUCAGUUAAGCACGAAAAUGCCACUGCACAACAAAAUGCAACGCAGCGACUCAUCAGACUCGUACUGAUUCUGGAACCAGUUGGUUGUGACUAUACGAAACCGAAUUCCAACUCGCCCGCCUGCAGGGACUGGAGGAAUCAAGCAGAAAUAAUUUGUCGAGUCGGAAUAUGGCACAACCCAAAAACUAAAACCUCGACAGUUGAAGUGAGGGAGAUAUGGAUGAUCAAAAACGACGAUACAGUUAUCGCUGAAACCGUUCGUUUCAUCAGCGAAACAAAACAUGGAUUAGACCGAGCGCUUAUUGAGGACGCGAUCAUGAACUUCAACAACUACGGUAGAAAAACUAAGCUGUUCAAGUACUCAAGAUCAUUGGAAAUUACGCUGCAGGUUUGUUUUAUGUUUUUGCUGUCGAAGAAGAUAAAUCACGUUGCUCAACAGCUGGGGAGUGCUUCCAGAAAGAUACUGAGAGUGCUUCUCACACAAACAAAUUGCAAAAACGAGCGAAAUUCAAAAAAGAAUUUCAAACAAUCCAAAGAAAUCUGCUUUAACCAAAUGACUGGGGUGUAUACAAGAAAGUCAAUGAAAAUAUAUCCCAUGAGAAAUUUCGCAAGAUCAGAUAUUCGCUUUCUAUCCGCUGAGGAAGUACACGGACAACUAUUCCAGGAUAUGCUAAAAACUGUUAUUCGGCGUUAUAAUUCCGGCAGUUUUUCAGAAAAGGUCUCCAAAGCAAUCAAGGUGGAAAAUGCGCAUGUUGAAAGCGGACCCGAUGUUAUAACCAGGUUUACAUUAUGGGCCCAAGAAACCCCCUGCAAAAAGAAAAGCAACUUACUGAUGAACGAUGACAACUUUGCAACUGUGUGCGAAAUUCACGAUGAACUGUCCUUAAAACGGUCCGCAGAAACGUGCGAUGUGAAGGUCACCAGAGUAGACUCGACUGGUUCUAAUGGACCAAUAAUUGAACUUCGGAACUACACAUUCAUCCCAAAUUAUAACCUGUCACUAUACAGAGAGAUGCAAUACAUUCAACGGGGAACAGCGGAAGAUGAAGUAAAAAAGAAGAUUGCCAAGCGAGUUGUUGAACGCUAUAAUACUGAGCGCAAUGAUGAAUACGAAUACAAAUUGGAGAGUAUCCAGAAUGCAAAAUGGAUGAUUUCCGGUGGCAGACUAUUCUCAAUGAAUGUGACAAUGAAGGCCUUCGGAUGCAAGAACAAGACUGAUGCACUUUGUACAAGCCCUCUCAAAGAGAUGCAUGUAUACCGACACUGUGAAGCAUCUGCUCUUGACAGACCAUGGCCUUUCAAAGAGGAAAUUAAUUUCACAAACUGCUGGAAGGAAACAAUACUUAGGCAAUCCAUAAAAGGAGUAUGGUCAUUUUUAUCCCCGAAAGAGCUCAGUCAACUGAAAAACGGCGAAAUGUUGAAAUCUGUUGUGAAGAAAUAUCGAGACAGUUCGAUGGUGCUGGGACAACUGAAGAAUCACCAGCUGUUUGGCGGUUUCAAACUAAUGGUCGGUGAAACUCAGUUCAUCUCUCUCAAGAUCCAUCUGAAGGGCACAAAACAGAACGAGUCAGGCUACGAGUGUGAAGUGGCUGUCGUGCAACAGAAAAGAAAACCAAAUGAGAUGUACAUGCACAGGUGUAUUUCGAGACCUCCUUUUUCGGACAGUAGUAAUCAAGGAGCGGGUGAUGAAAAGAUUCGCGUUGAGCAGCAACAAAGGCUGACAUUCAAAUCGAAGCUGAGAAAUAUAGUGGAACAGUUUAACAGUAUUUCAAACGACACAUAUUAUCAUCGCCUUUUUGAUACAGAAGAACCGGUUGAGCAAGGUGAUCUCGCAGGUUCGGCAGGUUCGAGCUUUUUUCGAGUCUACCUGCAACAGACCAGAUGUCAGAAGAAUAAACACAACAAGUGGCAUGCUGAAAAUAUACCUCAUUUAUGCGGAAGACUGAACAACACCCAUAAAACCAGUUGCGUCGCGAAUGUUCUCGAAAAUCCUUCAAGCACUUCCACGCAGAUCAACCUUCAAGACUGCAAACUAUCCAAAAUGACAGAUACAAUAAAAGUUCAUUCCACAUCUGACGACCUUCAAGCAAGCACUUAUUUCCGAGAUCUCAUUUCAAAGGCUGUGUUGGCUUUCAACUUGAAAUCAGGUGCAAACUUACUCUAUCAAAGUCAUUUCGUGGAUGCAAUCGUCCGAUCUAAAGAAAAUCCAAACAAGCUCCAAUUCACUCUAACUCUGAGUCAGACAAGCUGCCAAAAGUGGGAAGAUGUGUUGGCAUUCCGAUUGGACCGAAAUGACCUUUGCCAAACAGACCCUGUAGCGUCGCCUUUGGCUCUCUGCAAAGUGCAUAUCGUGGGGUUUAACAAAAGAACCGAAAUCAACCUGGAUAACUGCAAAUAUAUACACGCUGGAAAUUAUGCCUUACCCCGACCGCAAAAUUCAAGAGAACGGUCAACACCCCUGUUUCGGCAAGUAGUGGAGAACGCCGUCUCUCUUUUCAAUCAUCAAACCGACAGUGAAUAUUGGUUCAAUCUGAUAGCAAUUGAGAAUCCAUCGAUUGAGCUCGUGUUCGGCAUUCAGUAUACCUUUACGCUACAUAUGCUUCCAGCACAAUGUCUGAUAAUCAAAUCGCCAAAUGGUACUGCCGAAUACGUAUCUCGGGAGCAUUGCAACUACAGAAAGCCAGAAUUCAUGGUUAGCUGUCAAGCGCGGUUCUGGAGGCGUGCUUGGAAUGAUUUACAUGAAACUCUCGAUGUCAGCGACUGUGACCUCAUACCAAUUUCACACACAUGGUCAGCUAGCAUCGAAAAUACCAAUCCUCUAAAUGAGCAAGAUGGAUCCAGUGCCUACUGCCUUGAGUCGAUUGCCUGGCGUUUGGUGCAACUGUUCGCAGAACAACAGAAUCCUGGACAGACGUAUGAAAUAGUGUCGAUAGAAAACGUCAUCGAGUACCUCGUCCCCGGUAAACGCAUAACCUUUGAUUUGUAUAUGAAGCCUGCUUCGAUGACUCAGAAAUGCUCAUUCAAGGAUGCACGAAAAUGUGAAGUGAAAAAGGCUGGAGUACAUAGCCUGGUAAGAGGUGUCUCUGCAAUGGAGGACCCGGAUUUGGAAGAAAUGUACUCAAAUGCAGUUGGGAUUUACAACGAGAAAAUGACAAAAUUCUAUAUUUUUGGAAAGGAACGAAUCGAAAAUAUCACACAAAAGACAGAUACUGGUAAACUGACAAUGUUCAAAAUUGUUCUCAAGCCAGUUGGAUGUAAAUUUAGCCAUGGAGAUCGGCAUUGUGAACCAAAACUAUCCAAGCUAAGGGUUAGUUGUUCAGUCACCGUCUUGCAGCGUCCAUGGAUGGAAGAUGGCGAGGUUUCACUGCAAAACUGUCACGAAUAUUUGUUGGAGCAGUCUGAUCUAGAUUCGCACCCACUCACUGAGGAGGAAGCAGAUAGUGACAAAUUCCGCGAUGCUAUUCGAGAGUUAGUGGGCAUGUAUCGUUGGCGCGUUCCGAUCGGGUAUGCACUGGAUACGUAUGAAAAUGCAAAAAUUCGUCGGAAUGAAACGGAUCGGACAGUUAGCCUCACACUCAUAUUACAACCAGCCGGUUGUAUUUAUCAUCGACCAAAUUCCAACGAUCCGGCCUGCCUUGACUGGAAAUAUCAGGACAAAGUCAAGUGUGACGCUGAAAUCAUACAACAAUUUCGGGCCGGCGAGAAGCGUACACUGAGGUUAAUGGGAUGCAACCCAAUAAGAGAACCAAUGAAAAAGCGGGCCCUGGAGCCCGAAGAGUAUAAAAGAAGCACGAUUGUCCACGCAAUGAAGGAAGCGUGGAGACUGUUCCAUGAGAACCUCAAAGAACCAAACUAUCUGUACAACGUGGUGGAUGUAAAGGAUGGUACGAUUGAAAGAGAUAAGUAUCCUCGGAUAACGUUUACCCUAACGUUCGAACAAACGGCAUGCAUUCGGGGAGUGGAUGAUUACAAAUUCGAUGGCGUUCGAGCCUCACUUUGUUAUGAAACAACUCCAAAGGUACUGAAGAACUGUACGGUUGUACUCACCGUAGAGGAGGCUGGUCCAAUGGUAGCACUUAACUGUGAGCCUCAUUAGAUAUUGUUCGGAAAGUCAUCUGGAUGUGUCAUCAUCCAAUCAUUGUCCAAUCGAACAAACUGGAUCUUUUACUUCCUUUGUUCCUGUGAAUGAUUUUUUCGAAUACAGUCUGAGUCUGCA